AUGGGCAACGGCCAGUCCGUGAACGCGGCGAAGCGCCAGUCCCUGCGCAAGCUGACGGACAUCAUCUCACCCGUCCCCGCGGACAUCGACGUCGCGCAGCGGCGCACGAUCGCCGCCGCGUGCGGGCUCGCCGAGGACGACUACGAGCCGUACGGACGCUACAAAGCCAAAGUCAGCGAGCGCGUCGCGAGUCGCAAGACGGAUACCACGUCCGGGGGGCGCGGCGGAUACUACGUCGUCGUCGCGGGCAUCAAUCCGACGCCGCUCGGCGAGGGCAAGUCCACGACGACGAUCGGCCUCGCGCAGGCGAUGGGCGCGCACCUGGAGAGACCCACCGUGGCGUGCAUCCGGCAGCCGUCCAUGGGGCCGACGUUCGGGAUCAAGGGCGGCGCCGCGGGCGGAGGGUACUCGCAGGUGAUCCCCAUGGAGGAGAUGAACCUGCACCUCACGGGGGACAUUCACGCCAUCGGCGCGGCGAAUAAUCUCCUCGCGGCGGCGCGCGUGUUCCACGAGCUCACGCAGAAGGACGAGGCGCUGUUCGACCGCCUGUGCCCCAAGGGGAAGGACGGGAAGCGCGGCGCGUUCGCGAAGAGCAUGCGCGGGCGGUUGGAGAGGCUCGGGUUAGGGCACAAGAGGGACGACGCCGACGCGCUCACGACGGAGGAACGCGCGAAAUUCGCGCGGCUCGACAUCGACCGCGAACGCAUCUCGUGGCGCCGCGUCGUGGACAUGAACGACCGGUUCUUGAGGAAGAUCACGAUCGGGCAGUCGGACACGGAGAAGGGGUUCACGCGAGAGACCGGGUUCGACAUCACCGUCGCGAGCGAGAUCAUGGCGGUGUUGGCGAUGACGACGAGCAUGGAGGACAUGGAACGCAGGCUCGGCGCGAUGGUCGUCGCGCCGGACGUAUGCGGGAACCCGGUCACCGCGGACGAUCUCGGUGUCACCGGCGCGUUGCUCGCGCUGAUGAAGGACGCGAUCAAACCGACGCUGAUGCAAACGCUCGAGGGCACCCCCGUGCUCGUGCACGCGGGUCCGUUCGCGAACAUCGCGAGCGGCAACUCGUCCGUGAUCGCGGAUCAGAUUGGGCUGUCCAUGGUGGGCGAGGGCGGGUUCGUGCUCACCGAAGCCGGCUUCGGCGCCGACAUCGGUCUCGAGAAGUUUAUGCACCUCAAGUGCCGCUCCAGCGGCUUGAAACCGCACGCCGCGGUCAUCGUCGCGACCGUCCGCGCGCUGAAACUUCACGGCGGCGGACCCGCGGUGACCCCGGGGAAGCCGCUCGCGGAGGCGUACACGCGCGAGGACGUCGAGCUGGUGAAGAAGGGCGUCGCCAACUUGACGCGGCACGUGGAGAACACGAAAAAGUUUGGCGUCCCCGUGGUUGUGGCGCUGAACGUGUUUCCGUCCGACACCGCGGAGGAGCACGAGGCGAUUCGCGCCGCCGCGAUCGCCGCGGGCGCGGACGACUGCGUGCUGUGCACGCACCACGCGGAGGGCGGGAAGGGCGCGACGAAACUCGGGGAGGCGGUCGCGGCGGCGUGCGAGAAGAACAAAGACGCCGAGGAGUUCAAACUCUUGUACCCGGACUCCAUGGGCAUCAAAGAGAAGAUCUCGAAGAUCGCAUGCGAGCUGUACCGCGCGAAGGACGUCUCGUUCAGCGAGCAAGCGGAGGAAAAGAUCGCGAUGUUCACCGCGCAAGGGUUCGCGAGCUUGCCGAUAUGCAUGGCGAAGACGCAGUACUCGUUCUCGCACGACGCGAACCUCAAGGGCGCGCCGAGCGGGUUCACGCUGCCCAUCGGCGACUUGCGAUGCAGCGCGGGCGCCGGGUUCAUCGUCCCUCUCGUCGGCGCGUUUCCGACCAUCCCGGGGUUGCCGACUCGGCCGGCGUACUACGAGAUCAGCGUCGACACGAAGACGGAUCGGGUGGUCGGGUUAUCGUGAUGGAUUGAUUGGAUUUGAUUGGACGGAUGGGUUGGUGUUGAUGACGUGUCGGUGUUUGAUUGGAGGACGCGACGCGACGCGACGCGACGCGGCGCGGCGGUGGGUACGGAACCGCCGCGCUUCUUAAUACGACGGCGCGCCUACACGUACCAUUAUUUCUCCUCCCGGGGUCGCGAGCGAGGCUGGGACGAACGCGUCGUUCACGCGAUGCGAUCGAUCGUCGCGACUACUACCGACCGUGCCGUCGAACACUCGCGUCAUCACUACCUAGGACUACUUCACGCCGUCGCCGUCCGCGGUCGCCGCGGUCGCCGUCGCGGUCGCCGUCGCGGUCGCCGUCGCCUUCUUCGCUUCCUCUCUCUCGCGUUUCAUCUCGCGGAGCAGCGCGCGCCCUGUGGAGUUGAAAGGCGUCAGUUGAAGUUGAAAGGCGCCGAGGGUGGGUAUUGAAAGCGAGGGAUGGGCGGAGAGAUGCGCCGGGCAAAGUCCUUAAGGAUCGGCGUUCACCACGCGAACGCCGUCGUAUGGGAACCAUUGUAUAGAACGCACCUCUCUCGCGCUGCGCCGCAGCCUUGUGCCGCUUCGAGUCGCGAUGCGACGCGUAGUUCGCCGCGCUGCCGCACUGGACGCCGCACGUGACGCACUCGUACCUCUCCGCGGCGGCGUCGCUCUUCGCGCCGCGCGGUUCCGGUUCCGGUUCCGGUUCCGGGUCCGGCGAUUCGUCGUCGAUCCGUCGCGGUGCCUUCUCCGCGUCUUCUUCGCGUCCUUCGCCUCGGCCGUCGCCGCCGUCGCCGUCGCGCUUCCUCUUCUCCCCCGCGCGCGCCGCCUCCGCCGCCUUCGCGUACGCCUGCAUCUCCGCGCCGCCCUCCGUCUUCGCCCUCUCCCGCGCCUCGAGCCGCUCGCGCAAGCGCUCGCGCGCGGCGACGUCGCGCGCGCCGUUGCCCUUUCCGGGCCGCCGCCCUUUGCCCCCGCCCGUGCCCCAGCCCUCUCUGCUCCCUCCGCCGUACUUGAACCCGUUGCUCUUCACCGCGAUCCCUUUGCUCAGGUCGCGCGAGGACUUGGACAUGUGCCCAUCUUUCGGCCCGGGCGCGGGCAUCGCCGUCCUCGCGACGCGGCGGCGGCGCGCG